AUGAGUGUUCCUUGUGGCAGAAAGCUAGUCUUUUUCCUUAUUGCUUCGAUCUCCCUUUUCGUCGACACGGUGACAGGCCACCGUCACGAUGAAACUCAAGCGAUUACGGACAACGAGAAGGAGGUCAAGAUUGGAGUUUUACUCCCCAUGACUGGUUAUUGGCCAAUCGGGAAAACUUCAGCCUCCGCCAUAACCAUUGCUGUUGAUCGGAUAAAUGAAGACCAAACACUAUUACCUGGCUAUAAUAUGACUUUUCUGUGGAACGACUCUAUGUGUCUAGCUGCGGAAGGUCUGAAUCAAGCAGUGGAAUUCCGAAUCGCAGGUGUGGACGCCAUCAUUGGAGAUGGAUGUGAUAUCAUCUGCGGACCGGCCGCGAUUUUAGCCUCCUCGUGGAAUCUUCCGAUGGUUUCCUGGGGAUGUGAGUCGCCAACGCUAUCAGAGAAAAGCAUUUACCAGACGUUUGCACGAACUGUUGGGUCCUUCUCAAAAAUGGGAAAAUUGUUUCUGUCGGUAUUUCGCUAUUUCAAAUGGAAGAGCAUCGGAAUUUUGGCAUCGACCGAGAGUAUAUGGCAACUGGCUAUGUCGGGCUUGAUGAAAGACUUUCUGGAGAACGACAUCGAGAUUAGAUACUUACACACUCUUAGUCCAGGGCAUGUUUUGGUGACAGAAAGAGAGGAGUUUAAAAGCACGCUGUUACACGCCAAGGAAACGGCGCGAAUAUUUGUCAUGUUAUGCUAUGGUGGCGACAUGCGCGCGAUUAUGCUGAACGCACUCGACCUCGGCAUGUUGAACGGCGACUUUGCGUUUCUAACUGUAAAUCUUUUGCCAUCCGCCACUGUUGGAAAUAACACCUUUAUGGGAAACGACGGCCGUGACGCGGAGGCGGCCUUGGCGUUUCGAGGAAUUCUGAGUAUCCACGUGCGCGAACCGACCACACCCUUGUGGCAGUCGUUUAAAGAAAGAGUCCGGGCAAAAAUGAACGCAUCUCCUUUUUACAUAAAGUUGGAUGACAGUGAGCAGGUGGAAGUUUACGCUGGAGCCAUCUAUGACGCCAUUUAUCUUUAUGCAAACGCGCUCAAUGAAACUCUUGCCGCUGGAGGGAGUAAAAAGGACGGAAGGGCGAUCGUGAACAGAAUGCUGAAUCGAGAAUUCGAAGGGGCUUCAGGUAUAGUGCGUAUAGACAGUUCCGGUGACAGAGAACCCGACUACUCGCUCAAGUAUUACGUGAAUGGAAGCUUUCAGAACAUCGCUGAUUACAGUCACAAAACUGGAGGCUUUAAUCUCAGAGAUGUGAGCGUGAUCUGGGCCGGGGGUCGGACCAGACCUCCAUCGGACAAACCGAGGUGCGGAUGGGAUAGGGAGCUGUGUUUGGAGGAAGAAAAGAAAACUGCACGUAUCGUAAAUGCGGUGAUAGGUGCCUCUAUCUCUGGGGUGGUGGUGUUAGCUUUCAUGUUCUUCAUAAUUAUCAGGAAGCUUCGUUACGAGGCAGAUUUGGCUGAAAAUAUGACGUGGAAAAUCCGCUUUGAAGACCUCAAAAUGAAAGAAAACGUUAAACAGAAGCCUAAACCCCAGGGCAUGUUACCGUUCUGGUUUAAUAAUUUCAUCAUGCCUCACCAGACUGCAGCCUCAUCUAGCGCCAACCCAACCCACGUGAGCCGAAAUAAUGAGAAUUCUUCCGCAAUAUCGGAUUUGGAAGAUAAAGCAGAGUACGCGGGCACGACCAUUGGAGAGAUCAUGUUAGUGUUAGUGCUGACUUAUGUGCGGUUAUUGUAG